AUGAUUGUACGGAAAUUGUGUGUGCGACAGAGUGAGUAUACUCCAAUUGUAUUACUAGUCUACAUCGUUUCUCCCGCUAACCAAUUCUCCCAACUAGGCCGCCAGCUGCUGGCCCUGAAUCGCCAGACCCCGGCUUUUAGCCGAUUCCUUUCUACAGAGACCCCGACCGAGACGACGGUGCGGACCCCCGCAAAGGGGACCAUCUCUCCAUCAGAAAAUCCUCUGCACGAGGUAGUACAGGCAUCAAGGGCCAGCGCAUCGCUCAGCCAACAAGAGUCAUGGGGUGAACUCGAGAAGCGCAGACACAAAUUCAACAAACUCGGCUCCUCCGUCAAGGAAUCCUACGACCCCGAAGACGUCAUUCGCAACCCUCCCAAGCCCUCCGACAUCACCCUGGAAAUGCUUCUCGCUGCCGGCACACACCUAGGCCACUCGACUUCGCGCUGGAACCCCCAGAACUCGCGAUACAUCUUUGGUAUCCGCGAGGGCGUGCACGUUAUCUCGCUCGACGUGACCGCCGCAUACCUGCGGCGCGCAGCCAAAGUUGUGGAGGAGGUCGCUGCACGCGGCGGCAUUAUUCUGUUCGCUGGCACUCGCAAGGGCCAGAAGCGGGCAGUGGUACGCGCGGCUGAGCUCGCCGGCGGUUACCACAUCUUCGAGCGGUGGAUCCCGGGUUCGCUGACGAACGGCCAGCAGAUCCUAGGCCACUGCGAGACCAAGGUGGUCAACGCGAUGGAUGAGGAUCUGCCCCAGUUCAAGGCGGAUCUGGCAGACCGCCCGGUCGUCAAGCCCGAUCUGGUUGUGUGCCUGAACCCGCUGGAGAACGUGGUACUCCUGCACGAGUGCGGUUUGAACAAUGUUCCUACCAUCGGAAUCAUUGACACUGAUGCCGACCCGACUCGUGUCACCUACCCUAUCCCAGCAAACGAUGAUACUCUGCGCGGAACCUGUCUCAUUGCGGGUGUGUUGGGCCGUGCUGGCCAGGCUGGCCAGCAACGGAGACUGCAGGCCGCCCGCGAGGGCAAGACGACCUACACCCCAAUCACAAAGCAUGAACUGCGGAUGGAUCCGUUCACGGGAACUAUUCCUGGUGCGGAGCAGAAGCAGGACUAG